AUGCCGAUUUUUAAAGACGCAGCACAGGAAACACUGGAUGGUAGACUGAAGUCAGUGGUUCAUGAAGGGAAAUUCGAAGACGGCGAUCUUCUUGCGCAGGUUUUCUCGUUAAUGUAUUUAGGUUCAUUAGCACAGAAUGAUGCGCAAAGAAAAUGUUUGCAGGAAGACUUGCCGGGAACGCUUCCGACAGAUCCCUUCGGCCACAGUGCUUCUAAUGUUAACGAAGUUGCCUCUCCAUUUGAUGAAAUCGUAACCAGAGCGCCGACAACAAGGCCUGAGAAUUGGAGGAUUCCAGAAUCAUCCAAAAAUCAACAGCAGUGCUGCGUGGCGGACUCGGCAUGGUGGCGCAUUUACCCAUCGCUACGUCCUAAGGACGCUAGUUACUGCUCGCAAAUGUACAGAAUGUUCAUCUAUACAUGUCAGCCAGGCAAACCGCUAAGAAUUGAUUUGUUGCAAUUUUGUGAGGAAUACUCAUCAUUUUGUGGUGUACCCAACACACAUCGCUUUCCGGGAGCACGAGAAGUGAACCAGCAUUCUGGCGGCAAUAUUGGCGUAGGCGGUAAUUUUGGAUUCGGCAUUGGCGUGAUACCGGGUUUGGACGUUGGAGUUGGUUGGGGUGUUGGAGUCGGUCCAUUCCCGUGGUUCAGCGAUAACAUUGGCGUUGGCCUAGGCACCGGUGUCGGCGUGUUGGGAGGCAGAUCACCAGAAAAGGUUGUACUACAACCACAUCUUUUACUGUUCGUAACAAUUAUAUAG